CAGAGGGAGAAAGAGCGAGAGCAGAAGUUCGCAUCAGUCUCUAAGAAAAGCAGAGAGUGGCAACUAGUGCCACUGUGGGACUCCAGCUAUCGCUCUGAGCCGAGCUAACCUGGGAUUAACUGACAGCAACGAUUUCACAGAGCGCAGAGGAGGAAAGAGAGGAGGCAGACAGGACUGAGAAGAAGAAACAAAAGACAAAGGAAGGAUCGAAGCACUUGUAGGAAAACAGGGGGGCUCAUGGGAAACCUCCUGAAAGUGCUGGCUUGCGCCGAACUUGAGCAUGGCCCAAUAGUUUUCCUUGACUUUGAACAUGCCCAGCCCACGGAGGCAGAGACAGCCGUGUGGAACCAGGUCAGCGCUGUGCUGGAGGAGGCUCAUGGGAUACUAGCCGAGCUGCAGUCUUAUAAUGGCGCGGGCCAGGAGAUACGAGAAGCCAUUCAGAACCCAGGCGACCUCGCUCUUCAGGAGAAGGCCUGGAAUGCAGUCUGCCCCCUGGUGGCCAAGCUGAAGAGGUUUUACGAGUUCUCCCUCCGACUGGAGAAUGCCCUGCGCAGCCUGCUGGAGGCGCUGACGAGCCCGCCGUACGCUCCCAUGCAGCACCUGGAGAGAGAGCAGGCCCUGGCCAAACAGUUUGCUGAGAUUCUUCAUUUUACACUCAGCUUUGAUGAACUUAAGAUGACGAAUCCAGCCAUUCAGAAUGACUUCAGCUACUACAGGAGGACUAUCAGUAGGAACAGGCUGAACAACCAGCAGCUGGAAGCGGAGAACGAAGUCAACAAUGAGAUGGCCAACCGGAUGUCCCUGUUCUAUGCUGAAGCAACACCCAUGCUGAAGACUCUGAGUAACGCCACCACCAAGUUUGUUUCAGAGAAUAAGACCUUGCCCAUAGAGGACACCACAGACUGUCUGAGUACCAUGGCCUGUGUGUGCCGCGUCAUGCUGGAGACUCCAGAGUACCGUUGUCGGUUCACCAACACAGACACCAUGCUGUUCUGCAUGAGGGUGAUGGUGGGCGUCAUCAUUCUCUAUGACCAUGUUCACCCUGUCGGGGCUUUUGCCAAGACCUCCAAAAUCGAUAUGAAGGGCUGCAUCAAGGUGCUGAAAGAGCAACCGUCCAACAGUGUGGAGGGACUUCUGAACGCACUGAGGUACACGACACGGCAUCUAAAUGAUGACAGCACCUCCAAACAAAUCAGGGCCCUCCUGCAAUGAGAAUGAGGAGAGCGGUGGAGGGAGGGAGGGAGGGAGGAAAGAAGGAGUGCACUUGAAGGAGGAGGAAAAAAGAGGAGGAAACAAACGCCAGUGGCUGAUAAACCAGUUUGUUUACAACGAACAAAGAAAGUCAUCUCUAGGUUAAAGAGAAACCUGAUGAUAAUAAGAAGAGGAAAAUAAUUAUAUAUAUUGUCAGCUGUCCAUCAUUCUGUCUCUCAUUUUGUAAAGUAAGAAAAGAGAAAAAAAAAGCCAGAAAAGAAAAUAUAGAUAUAUAUUAAAACAAGUGAAACACAAACAGCAGAUGAAAAUAGGUAGGAUUAAAGACUAAGAGGAAGCUAUAUUGAAAAUUAAGGUCAGAACCGAAGCGAUGGCGAAAAGAAAAAGUACAAAAAAUAAAGGGUUCAUAUCACAGCAGUAGUCUGACAAGUAUUUUUGCACACACCUUGAAAGCGACACCAUCUCCUUUUUCCCUGAAAUCUGAUCCAACUGAUUCCAUGAGAUUUCACGUGCGGUCGCCUCUCACACACACACCCAGUUUACCCAGAGGAGUUUUUUAGCUCUCGAGGUUGCAGAUGUGGUGGUGGUGGUGUGGUGUGGCACGGCUCCUCCAUCUCCUCCAGCUGCACUAAUCUCCAUCCACAGGUGACUUGUGAAGCAAUGUGAUGGACACACUCCGGAGAUUUGCUUCCACUUGUUUCAUUUCUAUUUUUUUUGUUGCUACAUCAGUGCAGCUGGAGGAUAGGAGGCGAUAGGAGGAGAUAAAGAGACAGUCUCCUUUUUUUCCCCCCCUAAAUAUCAUCCUCUUUGUCCCCAUCACCUCCCUUUCCACCCAUCCAUCCAUCCAUCUGUGGGAUAUGUGGUUUCUUUUUCCAUGGCACAAAAACACCCUUGCGCUGUGUAUGUUCCAGCACAAAACAUCUUGUGAGUCGUCUGGCUUUACUUGAACUAUAGCGUUCACUCUCUCUCCAUGGUGCUAAUGUGGUUUAGAUAUCACAGUGCUAGCUUGUUAGAUAUCAUUUGCCUGUGAACGACGUGAGAAGAACUUUUUUUCAUCCCCCUUUUUUUGCACUAAUACUUAAACGAUGAAAGCAGCUGUAACCGUCAGAUCUGCUUUUUUCCGCUGCUUCUUUGUGAUUUUCAACAUUAGUGCAGAAACAGGGACAGGACAGAGGAUUUCACACGCUUAAUCGACUUGUAAAACUGCAACUGAGAAACCACAGCACACUUAUUUUUUCACCCAGUGCCAAAGCUGAUUGGUUUAUACUCGUAUUACAUCGUCAAGCCAGGCCUGAGGAGGAGAAGGGUUUUUUUUUUUUUUGAGGGGAUGGAGUCUUAUAAAACAUCACUUACACACACACAACACACAUACACACACAUACAAAAGUCAGAAGAUGGUCAAAUUUACACACAUGCAUUAAAAGGGAGAGAUCUGAGUGCUCCUGUGUAAAUAUGUGACGCUUUUCUUAUCAGGCAUCUACAUGGUCAGCUUAGAUCCUCAAAGGGAAAAACACAAAAAAAACAUCUGCAUUCAGUCAACUAGAGUCAUUAAUUUUAGUACGAGAUUGAUAAAGAACUAGGAACAUUAAAUAAAUGGGAAAUAAAAAUGAAAAUAAAAAAAGGAGAUUUAAAAAAGAAGUGCUGUACUUUGGAUGUCUAUAGCCCUUAGUCUAACUUAAUUUGAUCUUAUAAUAUAUUUUCUAUACAGGGGUAUGUGCACAAGCAUAUUCUGUAUAAAUAUAUAGAUGGCAUGUUGUAAAAGUUCUGACAGAAAUGUGUAAAUAAGGUGUUUUUAUUCAUUUUUAAUUGUUCAGUGACGCUGAAAUGGGUAUGUGUUGUCUCUCAGAAUUACCAUGCGUUUGGCUUGGACCAUCGGACUUGCCGUAGUCAUAGGUUUCAGAAAUUCAGCUUCAUUAUGGCGAAUGAA